AUGCACACAUUUUUUUCAGUGAGUACGACAACAACCGUAAAAAGUGGUAUCAAUACUGCAACCAUUACCACAACAGCAUUGCCAUUGACAUCAACAACAACCACUACCACAGCAGCAUUGCCAUUGACAUCAACAUCAACCACUACCACAACAGCAUUGCCAUUGGCAUCAACAACAACCACAACAACAUCCUCAACAAAAACGACGACAACGACAACAACGACAACAACGACAACAACGACGACGACAACAACAUCAACAUCAACAUCAACAACAACGACGACGACGACGAAAACAACAACAAUGUCAACGGUGACAACAUCAACGACAACAUCAACAACGACAAGUAAGUGUUGCUGA